CCCCCCCUACGCCGGCGCGCAGCACGGGAGGCCAGCUCGCUCACUGUGGGGAGACCGCGGCCGCGCCGGGCCGGGAGGUCGCGGCUCCGGUCCUCGCGUCCCUGCUGUGGUUCCGGUGCCUGUCCCAGUCCCGCAGGCGCGGCCGUUACGGGCGGCGCGGCCCCGGCGCGCGUGGCGAAUCUGCGGCUGCCAAUCGGCGGGCGCGGGGCCUCGCGAGAGCGGCGAGGCCUGGGCGACUGGGCCUAGGCGGGCGGCUGGGCCUGGGCGGGCGGCGCGGGCUGCUCCGGAGGCUCGGGCGGCUUGGGAGGCUUGGGAGGCUCCGGGCCCUGCCCGCGCGUUCGCCGGCAUGACGGGCCGCGUGUGCCGCGGUUGCGGCGGCACGGACAUCGAGCUGGACGCGGCGCGCGGGGACGCGGUGUGCACCGCCUGCGGCUCAGUGCUGGAGGACAACAUCAUCGUGUCCGAGGUGCAGUUCGUGGAGAGCAGUGGCGGCGGCUCCUCGGCCGUGGGCCAGUUCGUGUCCCUGGACGGUGCUGGCAAAACCCCGACUCUGGGUGGCGGCUUCCACGUGAAUCUGGGGAAGGAGUCAAGAGCGCAGACCCUGCAGAACGGGCGGCGCCACAUCCAUCACCUGGGGAACCAGCUGCAGCUGAACCAGCACUGCCUGGACACCGCCUUCAACUUCUUCAAGAUGGCCGUGAGCAGGCACUUGACCCGCGGCCGGAAGAUGGCCCACGUGAUCGCCGCCUGCCUCUACCUGGUCUGCCGCACGGAGGGCACGCCGCACAUGCUCCUGGACCUCAGUGACCUGCUUCAGGUGAAUGUGUACGUGCUGGGAAAGACGUUUCUUCUCUUGGCAAGAGAGCUCUGCAUCAAUGCGCCGGCCAUAGACCCGUGCCUGUAUAUUCCGCGCUUUGCGCACCUACUGGAAUUCGGGGAGAAGAACCACGAGGUGUCCAUGACUGCCCUGAGGCUCCUACAGAGGAUGAAGCGGGACUGGAUGCACACAGGCCGGCGCCCCUCGGGCCUCUGCGGAGCAGCACUCCUAGUUGCAGCCAGAAUGCAUGACUUCAGGAGGACUGUGAAGGAGGUCAUCAGUGUGGUCAAAGUGUGUGAGUCCACGCUGCGGAAGAGGCUCACGGAAUUUGAAGACACCCCCACCAGUCAGCUGACCAUCGAUGAGUUCAUGAAGAUCGACCUGGAGGAGGAGUGCGACCCCCCCUCAUACACGGCUGGGCAGAGGAAGCUGCGGAUGAAGCAGCUUGAACAAGUCCUGUCAAAAAAACUGGAGGAGGUUGAAGGUGAAAUAUCCAGUUACCAGGAUGCAAUUGAGAUUGAACUAGAAAACAGCCGGCCAAAGGCCAAGGGGGGCCUGGCCAGCCUGGCCAAAGAUGGCUCCGCUGAGGACACCGCGUCCAGCUUGUGUGGCGAGGAGGACACAGAGGAUGAGGAGCUGGAGGCCGCGGCCAGCCACCUGAACAAGGACUUAUACCGGGAGCUCCUUGGCGGCACCCCCGGCAGCUCGGAAGCAGCAGGAAGCCCCGAGUGGGGCGGCAGACCUCCGGCCCUUGGGUCCCUGCUGGACCCCCUCCCCACUGCGGCCAGCCUGGGCAUCUCAGAUUCAAUCCGCGAAUGCAUUUCCUCUCAGAGCAGCGACCCCAAAGAUGCUUCGGGAGACGGCGAGCUGGACCUCAGUGGCAUUGACGACCUGGAGAUUGACAGGCACGACCUUAGCACGCCCUGGUGCGCGAAGGCUAAAAGCCAGCCCCACUUCCCUGUGCUCGCCCAGUACAUCCUGAAUGAGUCGGAAGCCCGCGUGAAGGCCGAGCUGUGGAUGAGGGAGAACGCCGAGUAUCUGCGGGAGCAGAGGGAAAAAGAAGCAAGAAUAGCCAAAGAGAAGGAGCUUGGCAUCUACAAGGAGCACAAGCCCAAGAAGUCUUGCAAGCGACGGGAGCCAAUUCAGGCCAGUACCGCCAGGGAGGCCAUUGAGAAGAUGCUGGAGCAGAAGAAGAUCUCCAGCAAGAUCAACUACAGCGUGCUCCGGGGCCUCAGCAGCGCCGGCGGGGGCAGCCCGCACAGGGAGGCUGCGCAGCCCGAGCAGAGCGCCAGUGCCAGGAAGCUGUCACGAAGGAGAACGCCGGCCAGCACAAGUGGGGCUGACCCUGUGACCAGUGUGGGGAAAAGGUUGAGGCCUCUGGUGUCUACGCAGCCAGCAAAGAAGGCGGCUACAGGAGAGGCUUUGCUCCCAAGCUCUCCCGCCCUCAGAGCUGAGCCUGCCAGGCCCCAGGCGGUCCUGGUGGAGAGCGGGCCUGUGUCGUACCAUGCUGAUGAGGAGGCUGACGAGGAGGAACCUGACGAGGAGGACGGGGAGCCCUGCGUCAGUGCCCUGCAGAUGAUGGGCGGCAAUGACUACGGCUGUGAUGGCGAUGAGGACGAUGGCUACUGAAGCGCGCCUCCAGGCAGGUGGCGUCCUGGCGGGGGGCCUUGCGGGCCUCCUCAGCAUCAGACGGGCUUACAGGACCGCAGCAGGCAGGCCCCAGCACCAAGACUCCUGGUGACAGGUGGCACUUGCCCCACAGCCCUGUCCCCUGUGGAACUUGCCAUUGGGAUUGUGUUUCUAUCCAGCAAGGGAAACCGGCCCAAGCGUCUGCUUGUGUGUGAUCAGAUGUGGGCCUGGGGUGCGCAGGGCUAUGUCCCGCUGCCUGCCUGUCGACUCACCCAAGGAUCCUCCAAGGCCGGCAGUGUGGUGUUGCUACUAGAAGGGAACAGGCUUAGGGCAGCCCACCUCUGGUCCACGUGUGUGAAGGACUGAGUAUGCUGGCCCUGUAACUCAGGACCAGCUCUGGAGUCUCCAGCCACCCUCCGCAUUGUCCCUCCUGAGCAGCACUCGGCACCAGUGGCCUCCGCCAGAGAGGAAGCUGGAGCCCUGCAGUUGUCUGGUGCAGCCGUGGGAGCUGAGGGUCUGGCACUUGAGAGGCAGCAGCUCUCCCGCGACCACGCUGUCUGAAGGUCCUCUGGCUCCAGCUGCCGCGACCACGCUGUCUGAAGGUCCUCUGGCUCCAGCUGUGGCCCUGCAUCCAGAUACCUGCCUCCUCCAAGGCAGACACCCCCACCCCUGCCUCCUCCAGACCCCGCUCCCACUGCCUGCACCGCCUGGAGCAGCAUGGGGUUCAGACUUCUGCUUCAGGGACACGAGUUGUGUCCCCAGGAGCCCUGCGACUGCCAGCAGGCGAACUGAGUGCCCGACAGUCGAGACCAGCGCCCACCCGCCUGAGCAUAACUAGGCAGUGCAGGCGUGGCCUGCAUAGUGUCCUGGUGUUGGGAGUGCCCCGUGGACAGAGCCAGAGGGCAGUGGCGCUCCCUGUCAGAGCUGCAUCAGGUCCCCCAUCCAGGAGGGAGGGCAGAGGGAGGCCCGAGAGCCUCCCCAGGGCCAGGCCUCUUCAUGGGAAGGCCCAGCACCACCCGUAGGGGUCUUAGCUCUGGCAUGGCUGCCCUGGGUGUGGCUGAGGAGGGGCCUCACCCUGUGUCCCUGGGAGAGGGUGGUCUGGAGGCAGAGGCGUGCCAGCACUGACCCCGGAGGCCUCAUCCUCCCCGUGGAAUGGGCUGUAUGUCCUGCCCCCACUUGGCCCACGGCAGGCCAGACCCCCCCAUACCCCCACCCAGAGCUCAGCAGCCAGCCUGGGUCCUGCCAGGGCUUCUCGAAGGCUCGGGGGAAGAAUAGAUAUAGUAAAGCAGAGAGAUCUGUGGUUACUUAACAGAAA